GGCUGUCACCGCGUGUUGUUUACAUUUGGCUGCGUAUGUGUUGCUUCUUCUCGGCCCUCGGCUGCAAAUCCUUGCUGCUUUCGCAUCCCCGUGUGGAUGCUUUGCCCUGGCCCUGGAGAGGAGAGAGAGAAAAAGAAAAGAAAAAUAAAACAAACGCCACGAGAAGAGCAGUCGCAAGGAGAAUUACAACACAACGCACUUGGUGGCGUUAAACAACUGCACCAACCCGGAACCAACACCCCGCUGUCCCCCCCGUGAACGAGAGACGAUGGAGCAGGAACCGUGCACGGAGUUUAAGAUGGAAUCGCUCGAAAGCUUCGAACCGCUGGUCAACCCGAUCAGGCAGUAUCGGAAUCGCUCCAAGCGCACGCUGAAGACGGGCGAAGAGAAACUGGCGGAGGUGCUGGCCAAGAUAGCGUCGCUGCAGAAAAGCACGGAAAAGACGGACGGCAUCGACCGGACGAAGGUGCGCACGUACAACGUGAAGCUGCGGCUGCGGAAGAGCCUGCUGUACAGGUGCUUCGACUGUGGCAGCUGCUUCGCCAAUCCGGACUUUCUCGAGCUGCACGAAAAGUCGCACAAGUCGGAGCAGGGCAAGUGCGACAUCGAUCUGCGGCCGGAGCCGGGCACGGACGGGGAGGAGGGCGAGAUGAAUCUCAAGCAGAAGGCAUGGUUUGUGGGUGACUUUGGCGAGGAGGACGAGGAGGACGGCGACGGGGAGCAUCACAUACUGCAGCUCGACUGCACGGUGGAGGAGGGCGAGGACAUCUUUGACAUCACGUUCGACCGCACCAAGUGCGAGAAGACGUACACGAUGAAGUACAAGGUGAAGAAGGAACCGGUCGGCAAGUGUGAGCACUGCGCGAAGCAGUUCUACUCGGCGGACUGCUUGAAGCAGCACGAGCUGGAGCACGAAAAGUUUCUCGACAUUGCCAACAUCGAGCCGAGCAUUAUUAACAUUAUCCGGUCGCCCCGGAUCGAGGAGAGCACCAUGACGCUGGACGAAAGCUUCUACGAGGCGCUGGACGUGAGCGACAUUCUCGAGCACAGCAGCGGCACGAUCGACUGCUCGGGCGGCGAGGGACGGCUACCGGCCGGGGCAGGUAUAAUGCUCGAGUAUCGCAUCAUUCCCCGGCGGUCGGCGAGCGGCGAGAAGGAGCUGGCGCAGGUAAAGGAUCAACCGAUGGAAAGGGAGCGAAAGGAGGUCGGUGGUACGGUCAACACACACGGUACAGUCAAUCAGCCCGAGUGUCAACCGGUGGUGGUGGUAAAGCAAGCAAAAGAUGUGAUAAUUAAGGAGGAGCCUGUGGAUGAGGAACCGGCGGCACUAACACCACCAUCACCAGUGAAGACCAUAAAGCAGGAGGUGAAAGAGGAACCGAUGGAAGAGGAGCAGGAGGUGAAAGAGGACCCGAUGGAAGAGGAGCAGGAGGUGAAGGAGGAAUCGAUGAAAGAGCAGGAGGAAGCAGCAACCAGCCAUGUCCAGCGAGCGCACCUUAACUUGCAGGCAAAGUAUGAAUGCCCGAGCUGCCCGCGGCGGUUUCGCUUUCGGGCUGCCCUGCUCGUGCACGAGCGGACCCACACCGGCGUCAAAGCGCACCGGUGCAAGCACUGUCCGCAAUCGUUCAUCUCCAGAGGGAAGCUUUUCCUGCACACCUUUGCCCAGCACCGGAAGCGGGUGCCGUAAAGGGGGUCAGCUCCGCUUAAUCCAUUUUAAUAUCGGCUUGUUGUUGGUCUGUCGUCGUCGGCAAGCUUCUAGAUGUUGUUUCGCGAGUAGGAAAGCAGACAGUAGAGUCGCAUUUUUACGUUCGUACAAGUAUUGGAUGUAGUUUGUACAACGCAAAAAGGUUCCCCCAUUCGUCGUGUCGUGUUCUUUAUUCAGCAUGCACAAACAAACAUAAUACUCACCCAAUCGCUUUUUCGCAUUUCUUCAUUUUUUCUUAUUAAA